AUGAACCGAUACCAGCCUGCCCACCCGUCCACGCUCAUCAUGGAUAUCAACCCCUCCCUAUCGGGCCCGAUGGACACGAGCCAUCUUCUACUCGCUGUCAGCAAUUCCCUCACCACCACAGCCCUCAUGACCCGCGAACCCAGCACGUUCCGAGCUGCCCUGGCCCUAGCAAUCACCGCCUUUAACCAAUCCGAGGGUCACUGCUCUUUGCCCCCCUCCGCCUACCAUCACUUCGCUCGCCUGCUCCUCGAGCAGUGCCGUAACACCGAGAGCCCCUACGUCCUCAUCCAGGCCACCGCCCUGCUCAAAGCGCCUGCAGCCGCACCACUGCCCCCCGCUCUUGAAAGAAGGCUAUCGGACUGCUACACUACUCUCUCCUGUAUGAGAGGCGCCAAGGCCCCAGAGCUCCUCUUUCUUGCUAUCGACCACGGAUAUCAAGCGCUGCGGUGCACAGCCCUAGAGCAUCUAGGCUACAGGGGGCAACUGCGGAUGCUGGCACUCCUCCACCAUCAUCGCUGGAAUUGGUAUGCCGGCACGGCAGUGGGUGAAGAGAUGGAUACCGAGCAGGAUCUUAACCUCGCGAUCAAGAUUGCCGGCGCGGCGCUCAAGUUAAAAAAGAAGCCAGGAAAGAGUCGCCGUGAGGUGUUGGAAACUAUCAGGGCGCACAAGGGCAAAGACGUGGCCGGGAGGCGGGUGGUCAUCGCCGAAGAGGAGGAAGACGAGGAGGAAGAGGAGGAGGAGAAGGAGGAGGAGGAGGAGGAGAAGGAGAAGGAGGAACAGGAGGUGGAGGAUGGGGAUCCGCUCUGCGAUAUUCUCAGAAUGGAGCUAGCAAUCUAUCACAGCCAGCGCUACGAUCUCCGGAGGUCUCCCACCGACCUCGAUAUGGGUAUUACUUAUGCGGAGGAGGCGCUCGCCGAUGAUAACAAGAGCACCGCGGCCCUGACCCGCCAUGUUCUCAGAAAGCUACUUACAUAUCGCUACCCACUACGCAAGGGCCUUAAGGACCUCACCGCGGCGAUUGAGCUGAUAACCCUUAUGAAGGACUCCACCCCCAGCAGCGACCUCGCCGCCAUCACAUCAUUCCAGUGGGACCUAUCCAGAUUGCACAGAGAGCGGUACACUCGGUUGAGAUGUGAGGAUGACCUGCACACUGCCCUCGAGUACACCACGGCCCUGACCACUACGGACCCUUUGGGGGGGGUGCCAUGCAUACGGUACAAGCUCCUUCUGCACACUGCGUGGCUAUUGGGGAAGCGGUUCGAACUGGAGGGCGGACGGGGGGACAUUGACACGGCGAUAGAGAAGUGUAAAGAUGGCCUGGAGCUGGCGUGGAAGGCAAGUAAUGGGGUGGAGUACAGGAAGGGAUGUUUGCUCAGGCAACUGCUUCACCAGCGCUUUCACAGAUUUGGGGAUAUAGUGGAUCUUGACGCUGCAAUUCAUGGUGCAGAGGCCGAGCUGUCGAGGCUUGUGCCGGGGGGCGAGGAGCACCGGCUCCUCCAGGUCGAGCUGCGGGAGUAUGAGUGUGAAAAGAGGAAUAGGUGGGAGGGUGUUGCGGGUCGAGGUCACCAAUUGCAAGCUGGGGAGGAUGAUUACGGACAACUACAGCAGGAGGCCGCAGACUCCAUUGGAUGCCGACACCCUAUCAUACUCGGAGGACUGGCUGCUCGAUUCUUUGUUCACUGGGAGAACACGGAUGACCCUGAGGCACUCCGUAUGGCGGUGAAGUUUAGCCGCUCAGCGGUCGAGGCCACCGACGAUGAGGUAGAGGAGGAGGAGAAAGGGGGGGGCGGAGGUCAUAGGUACCCCAAGGUUUUGCAUACCCUGGGCCUCUACCUCGAGGCACAGUCCCAACACCUCCACUCCCUCGACGACCUUGAGGAAGCAAUCGAGUUCAGCGCCAGGCAGAUGAGUCUCACGCCGGACGAUCCAUAUACACUGCUAGGACUGGCCACCAAGCUCCUCGGACGUUAUGGUCACACCGACGAGAUGUUCGACCUCGACGCAGCCAUCGCCACCUGUACCCUCGCCGACGCCCGCGCCCCAGAAACUCACAUAAUCCGUCCCUCAGUCCUUCUAAUGCUCAGUCGGGCCUGGGAGAGUCUCUACGACCGGACUGACCACUCGGCCAACCUCGAGAGCGCAAUCACAGCGGCCGAGCAGGCACUUCACCUCACACCGCCGAACGAAUUAUUCCAUACUACUCUCAUUGCGAGACUCGGGAAUCUCGUCGGACAACGCUAUAACGACACAGAUGCGCGGAGUGACCUUGAUCUCUCGACGGAACUCACAGAGGCCGCGAUGAAGGCCUGUCCCCCCGACCGCUCACUGUACACCAGGCUCCACCUAACCCAGGGCAUCGACUAUAUCAAGCGCUACACCCGGUUUGGGGAACUCGACGACCUCAAAAAGGCAGAGGCGCUGAUCGAGAAAGCACUCGCCCUGAUGCAGAUGCAGCCGGGCCACCCCUCGCGUUCGAGGGCGCUCUUGCACUUGAACUUUAUCAAUUUCCACAUGCACCGAGAGACCCACGACCCUGCGCAUCUAGUCAAGGCCAUAGAGCUCAAUGCGCUCUGCGCAGAGACACUACCCCCAGAACACUCGAUGCACCGCAAUCGCAAUCUCACGCUCGCCAGAGCCCGUCUAGCGCUCUACAUGGACCAUACACAUGACAAUGGGGACCUGGCGCUCGCAAUAGAAAGCGCCGAGAUGGCGGCUGAGGCGUCAACGCCAGUGGGGCGCGCGGAUGCCUACAAGACGCUAGGAAUGUGCCUAGUGGCAGCCGACACGCCGGAGGGAUACAACCGGGCAGCGCGGGCAUUCAUGCAAGGCUGGCAGAGCAUCUUCUCAAACCCCAGAGAGCGGAUGUACUGCGCCAGCGAGACAGCUAGUAUGCUUGUAGGGGCCGGUAUGUGGGAGCAGGCCAGCAGGAUGGCCGACGAAGCGGUCAUGCUCCUUCCAAGCAUGAGUCCGCGGUCGUUGGAACGCCGCGACCAGCAGAGGGUGUUGGGGAGGGAGGCCCGCCUAGCGCCCAUUGCGGCUAUGGUGGCGCUGCGGGCGGGCAGAGGGGCCGGCCAUGCGUUGAGGAUGCUCGAGUUUGGCAGAGGCGUUAUGCUCGGGUAUAUCAUUGACAACCGCAGUGACAUAUCCAACUUGCGCAGAGGUCGCCCUGAAUUGGCGGAUAGGUUUGAGGGGCUGCGACGGGCUCUGGACUCGUCGGCAAAGGAAGGAGCUGAGCAGGAGGGGACACCCAUCGCCGCUGCUGGCAGGCGUGUGCAUUAUUAUGGCAUACCAAGGAGGCAGAAGCUAUUGAACGAUAUAGAUGAAUUAUUGAGGGAGAUCAGACGCAUCGAGGGCUACGAGGGAUUCCUACUACCACCAGGGGAGCAGGAGAUGAUGAAGCUGGCAGAGUCUGGGCCGGUGGUGGUAGUGCUCCCGCUCGUUAGCAGCUAUGCUAUAAUCAUCACCACCACGGAGAUCAAAUCAAUCAGUCUCCCCAAGCUGGACGAUGAGGGGCUGGACAGUGUAGUAAGCCGUCUCUGUGAGAUGUGGAGGCUGGUCGAAGGUCCCAUCCGGACAUACGACGAGCGGAACAAGAAGAUGGGGGCCUUGCUCCUCUGGCUCUGGGACGCCGUGGUGGAGCCGAUCCUGGAGGAGCUGCAGAUUCAUGCCCCGCCCCCAGAGAUUGAGUCCAAUGCCUCACUUCUCCCGCACAUAUGGUGGAUUGGUGUCAGCUUUCUGGGCGCAAUGCCGUUCCAUGCCGCCGGCGACCAUUCCCCCGGAUCGAACAGAAACACCAUCAGUCGCGUGGUCUCAUCGUAUAUCCCAACUCUGAAGGCACUUGCAUACGCCCGUCAGAGGUCGCCCACUGCCACAAGCCUGAUUGACAACGAGAGGGACGAGAAGAAGAACCUCGAUUCACAGCACAGCAUCCUGCUAGUCACAAUGGACACCACUCCUGGUGAAGGCCAACUCAAAAAGGUGACGAACGAGGCGGCAAACCUCAAAGCCAUCGCAGAAGGAGCGGGUGCAAAGGCCACGGUGCUUCCACAGCCGAGUGCAUCACGCGUACUGGACGAGCUCCAGCGCUACGACGUGGUGCAUUUCGCAUGUCACGGGGUCACCGACAGCGCAGACCCGUCCAAGAGCGCUCUGUUGCUACUGAGCGAGGAUGGUAAGAGCGUGAGUAGAUUACUGGUGGAGAAGGUGGCUGAUAUCAAUUCACUGAGGGCAAGGUUGGCGUAUCUGUCGGCGUGCAAAACGGCGGACAGCGGCAAGGCAAUAAGGCUAGCAGAUGAGAACAUACACCUGGCGGGGGCGUUUCAGUUGGCGGGUUUUGCGCAUGUGGUGGCGACGAUGUGGACGGGGGGCGACAGGGCAUGCAUGGAGGUGGCAGAAGACUUUUAUAAAGGGUUGUAUCGCGUAGGGGGGCAUGGGAACGUGGGGAGGGAGGUUCAUGCGGCGGUGAGGAAGUUGAGGGAGAAGAAACCGGGCAAGUACUUGCAGUGGGCGCCAUUCAUUCAUACGGGUCCGUAG